AUGUAUGUUACCUGUGGUGUAUGUUACCAGACCACGCCCACCCUCGCCACCCAGCACCAGACCACGCCCACCCUCGCCACCCAGCACCAGACCACGCCCACCCUCGCCACCCAGCACCAGACCACGCCCACCCUCGCCACCCAGGACCAGACCACGCCCACCCUCGCCACCCAGCACCAGACCACGCCCACCCUCGCCACCCAGGACCAGACCACGCCCACCCUCGCCACCCAGGACCAGACCACGCCCACCCUCGCCACCCAGCACCAGACCACGCCCACCCUCGCCACCCAGCACCAGACCACGCCCACCCUCGCCACCCAGCACCAGACCACGCCCACCCUCGCCACCCAGGACCAGACCACGCCCACCCUCGCCACCCAGCACCAGACCACGCCCACCCUCGCCACCCAGGACCAGACCACGCCCACCCUCGCCACCCAGCACCAGACCACGCCCACCCUCGCCACCCAGCACCAGACCACGCCCACCCUCGCCACCCAGGACCAGACCACGCCCACCCUCGCCACCCAGCACCAGACCACGCCCACCCUCGCCACCCAGCACCAGACCACGCCCACCCUCGCCACCCAGGACCAGACCACGCCCACUAAAGCUACUGUAGCGGGCCUACAGUGGGUGGGAAAAGUAGUCAGUGAAGGCGUAGUGGUCUGA